GGAUCGAAUCUAUGACCAAACAGGACGUUUCUCAGUUGAUUAUUGACUCGCAACAUCGCAAGUUUCAAGUCAAGUCAGUCAAGGUACAAGGCGCUGUGCAUACAAAUCACUCGUUGUUGGAAAGAGUCACUUCACCACUCUUGCAUGCUGAGAACUUGACAGAUUUGAUUGUGGGCUCUCGUAAUGUUGGGGAUCAUUUGCGUAGAUUGGAUGUAUUCAAGAAUGUUCGUAUUCUUUUUGAUUCUCCUCCUGGAUCUUCAGAUGCUGUCGAUGUAGUAUUUCAAGUAGAAGAAUCUCAACGCUUGUUUGCUCGUACUGGUGCUGACUUUGGUGCAAACGAUGGAAGUAUGAAUCUGUCGCUUAAUCUUCGUAAUGUAUUUGGUGGUGCUGAAACCCUCUCAGCCAAUACUUCCUACGCCAUCGAUACAAGCGGUCCCAUUUACCACAAAGACAGUGGUGAUAUGGCUGGCGCUUCUUCGUAUCAAGCUGUUUUUACUACUCCAAUCGAUGCUAAUCCUAGCAAGAUCUUGGAGGUUUCGGGAUUUAAACACACUAGAAACCAUAUGCUCACCAUGUCACAUCAUGAAGAUCUGACUGGACUAUCAUUCAAAAUCAAGAAUUGGCUUGGAUUGGCCAAACAAGAAAUCACUUACGAUGCUGUUUGGCGUGAAAACCAUCGAUUCUCUCCAAAAGCAUCGCUUAGUAUUCGCAAUGAUGCAGGCAACUCGUUCAAGUCUGCUUUGUCACACACGCUUUCGUUUGAUUCUCGGGAUGAUCCGGUACUACCUUUUAGAGGUGUGUAUCUUAAAACUCUACAAGAAGUUGCCGGUCUUGGAGGAGAUGUUCAGCAUUUCAAAGCAGAAGCAGAUGGACAAACUACAUUUGCUAUGCCUUAUGGAUUCAGCAUUACUGCCAGUCUUCGUGGUGGUUUGAUUGCUCCUUGGGGUGGUGCUACUCGCAAUCGUGUAAACGAUCGCUUCUUUCUUGGAGGUCCACUUUCCGUUCGCGGAUUCAAACAGGCUGGCAUUGGUCCAAAAGAUGAUAACGAUGUGCUUGGAGGCGAUCUGUACUGGGCAUCUGGUCUCAGUCUUCUUGCUCCGCUUCCACUGUUGCCCUUCAAACCCAUUAAAGCUCAUUUCUUUGUCAAUGGUGGAUCUCUAACGCCUCUUAAAUCGGACAAAAGCCCUUCAGAGAAUGCUCAGGCAUUGUUUGGCACUCCUAGCGUGUGUGCAGGAAUUGGUUUGGCUGCACGGUUUACUAUUUUCCGUCUGGAACUCAAUUACAGUAUUCCCAUCACCAUGUGUGCUACAGAUAGCCACAAGCCUGGACUACAAUUUGGUAUUGGAAUGAAUUUUAUGUGAACAUUU